AUGAUCAACAAGGCCACAAUCAGUGCUCUCAUCAAGUACUGGGAAGAUGAACAACUUACAGAUGCUACUGCGCGGACCGAGUAUGUCAAGAAGGCACUCACAGGACCUACACCGCUGUUCCUGUACCGGUGCAUCAAGUAUGAUGCAGAUGGACUAUUGAUCAAACGAUAUGGUCGCUUCCAGCACCCUAUCAUUGCAGAGACUCUCGCCUCGCACAUUCAGGUCACAGAGGAGGCUAUAAAUGGAUGUGAUAAGUAUUGUCGGGGUGCCCUCGUCCUCGCAUUGGUCGCAGCUGAGCGAGCCCACAGUCUGGUGAAGAGUGGCAACAUUGUCAAGACAAAUGCUGAUCGAUUCAAUGAGAAUGCGUGGGCUCCGAGGAUCGCAUUCUACGGAAAGUCAAUCGAGGAACUCGACCACGACGCCUGGGAUGCCAUUCUCACAAAGGCAGAAAUGGUCGUGCGCAAACGGGGUCUGGUAUUCGGUGUGGAUCCCGACUCUGAUUCAGCCAUUCUCGGGAACCCAGCGGCGCUGGCCUCUGUCCUCUAUUUUGAUGUGGAGUCUGACGAGGACAUCGCGGCAUAA